UUCCAAUCAAAAAUUGAAGUUUGCUAGUUUGGCAGACUUUUUUCAUUAUGUUUCUAUAAAACCAAAUAAUGAUUUCCUGCUAAGAUUUUUAAUUUUCCUUUAAAGAUACAGUAACGGUUGCAGGAUGGAAAGAGAAGUUGAUUCUUCGGAGAGAAGUAGAAAUAGGAAAGAAGCAGCCAAGAUGGAUGUAGAUAACUCUGGGUACAAACCUACCUAUAUUUAUAGUAGGGACCAGCUAUAUGAUUUGAGAAACCAUAAAACUUCAACGAAUAGACCUGCAUAUCUGUCUACAGAUUAUGAUAAUUCUGAAGGUUUAUGGGAUCCACAGAAAUGGAUUGGAUCUGUCCAUGAUGGUUCAGGAGAUGGAGUAUCAUCACACACACUAGAAAAUGAUACAAAGAAGACGUCAUAUGUCAGAACUUCUGGUCCAAAAGAGAGAUUAAAGAAAGAAGCAGAUGGACUACCACUUGGAACUGAGUGUCAAAUAACAUCAUCCAUGGAAUACAAACAUCACUCAGUAGAUUACAAUGAUAACAGCAGAAAUGGAAGGAACAUGACACUGGUGGAUAAAGAUCAAGAACCAGAGAUACAUCAAGAAUCCAACGUAGAUAAUAAUGGACAAUUGACAGCAGGAGUAAAUGAUCUACCAAUCUACCUGGGAAAGGUGACCUAUAUAAUAGAUUUGGAUUAUUUUUAUAUGCAUAUUGGAACAGCUGAACAACUUGAAGAAUUUUGUGUAUUAGAAGACAGUAUAGCUAGUUACUGUGAAACAUCAUCAUGUAUAGAAAAUAUAUCUGACCUAUGGCUAGAACAGAUGGUACUUGUUGAUUGUCAGGAAAAUAAUGGCUGCUGGCGGAGGGGACAAGUAACCAGAAUAGACAGUGAAAACAACAGUGCAGAUGUGUUUUACAUAGAUUAUGGAGAGACUGAGAAUGUCAAGGACAGCAGAAUAUGUAUUGAAUUAUUAGAGGAGUUUCAGAGCUUUCCAUUACAGGCAUUAAGAUGUUGCCUGGCAGGAAUAAGACCAAUUGCUAAGAAAUGGACAACAAGAGCUGUUAGGACUUUUGAACAACAUACAAGCAUCAAAAUCUUUAACACUGUGAUUUUGACAACAGAGAAUGUUAUAUUUAAAGUGGCACUGUAUAGCCGUGAUGGUAAACAAAGAUGUCUGUCUAAUAUUCUGGUAGAUGAAGAUUUAGGAAUACCUGUUGAAGACGAAGUGACAGAAAAUUUUGAAGAUGCAGAAGAAUUUUAUGCAGCCAGAUUCACCCAAUCAGCAACUGAUAACUAUGCAGGAUACGAUUCACAAUACAAUAUGGUCAAUGGUGAAGUUUUUGGUGCAGAAGAUAUUUCAGAAGCUUAUCUAGAAGUGGGAGACCAACCAGAAUCCAUACCAUAUAUAGACAAUGAAUCAUCAUUUUCUGAAAUUUCACCACCAGCUGUUGACAGGGGAGAUAACUCAUCAACAUCUCUACUAGAGAGAAUUAUUCAGAGGAAAGACACUUGUUCUCCAUUUGCAUCCCUGUUGGCUAAUAUUAGUGACAGGAAUUCCAGUUCUCCCACAAGUUCAAGGAAGGAUAACUCUUCUUCUAGUUCUAGAGUAGAUACCUCUUCUCCAUCAAGUUCACUACGGUUGAAUGUCGCAGCAGCAUCCGAGUCAGCCUUGAACAUUGGUACUGGCCAGUCUUUAUCUCCACAGAUGAUUCCUCAGUUUAAUCUUGAUAGUCUGCACAAAACACAUCAAACUACAACAGACAAAUUGUUAGAGAAAAAACAUAAAGAAAUACAGAAGGAAUCCAAGAUAGAGCAGGAGAGAGUAAAGAAGGAGACAGUGGAACAGUCUAAACUAGCCAUUUUAGCUGGUUAUGGUGGUCUAGAAGAUGAUACUAGUAACCAGAGUAAGCCCACUAAGACACCACAAACACCAAGAGACAAAUGGACCUCAUCUGAAUUGGCACCAAAGUCCCCUGAAGACUGGGAUAAAGAACUACGCCUUCAUGAAACUAAUAAAGCAGACUUAGCUUUGAAAGAACUGCCACCACCACCAAUAGAAAAAAGGGACACCCCUCAUGGAAGAGAAUUGUUAAAAGUUCUAAAUCAGAUAUUUGUUGACUCUGAAAGGGAACCAGUAGAUGAGAUUAGAGUUCGACUGCUAAGUCUCUUCCAGACAGAUGCCUAUUUGUUCUUGAACAAAGAAGAGUUGGGUGAAUUGAUGAACACAGUAAUAAAUAGAGCUGUUCGAUACUAUGGUGUCAUACAUGAUAUUAUCCUCGAAAUCCUUGAUGUUUUAAGUGGUACACAGUUUUUCCAGGAAUGUUUACUUGAGGCCAUGAAGAGGGUCCAGGAAAUGUAUGUCAAGAUUCAAUAUAAAGGGAAGCCGUUCCAUGUACAGUGUAGCAAGAUUAUAGGUCAUCUAUUUAAUAUGUCAUUCCAUUGGAAAAACAGCAUUCCUCUACAGGAAUAUGUUGCAUCUUUAUUAGAAAAGUGGAUUAUGUUCAACAAAAAGGGCAAACAGAUAGGUACAGACAAACUACAGGAGAUAUAUCUGGAAUGUUUUGAGAUGAUUUGGGAGAUAUCAGGAGAAGCUUUACUAGACACUGUGAAGAAUGUAAAAUCUCGUCUCCUGAAGGAAUGCCAGGAUAAAAUACUUAAUACUGCAGUUUCACAGAAUAUCAGAUCCCGUACACUUCAUAUUUACCUGUUGCUGAAUAUGAAACAGAAAAUACAGAAGAUGACAGAUAAGGACGUACAAGCAGGUGUAAUGACAUCUGAUGUAGGUUGUCAGACUGAAGACAGACCAUUUGUUCCAGCAGAAGAGAAGACAGAAUUCACUGUUCCAGUCAAGUACCAGAAAUCUACCAGACCACCUUUUUUCCCUCCAAAGUCAUCCAAAUAUUACAGACCCCACUCCAGAAGUUCAACACCUAGUUCUGUUCAUUCUGACAAAUCUGAGGACUCAUGGCCAAACCUUUCAAAAACUUGUGCUACUGGUGUUAGAAAAAUUAUAUCACCUGUUCCAGACGGAAAACCUUCAUCGAAUGAUAAUAGCUUUAGGUCUGAUGGUCAAUCUCCAGCAGUGGAUGAAGUACUAUUAAUGACCCCCGCAUCCUUCACGGACAGUUUACAUUUGAAUGACCACAGUCCUGAUGACAGUAGUGUGUAUUAUUCUGUUAGUGACAAUUUCAACAAUAGUUCUUUACUAAAUUUUAAGGAUACAUCAUCAAGUGAUAAUUUGUUGAAACCAACUCCUCACAAAUCUGAUGUUAGUGUGACAUUUGGUGGAGGAGAUAAAAGUCUGGAGGUUAGUCCUCUUACCAAAUUGAUUGAAAUGGAUGCAAAAUCUACUUUUUAUAAAACUGAUGAAAACCCUAACAUUCAUCCGAUUGAUAGACUACAUAAAUCACCUAAGGGACAUCCUGUCAUUGAAUCUAGUCAAAAAAGUUUUUCAGUUUAUUCUACUCAGAAAACUGAUUGGUGGGACAUGGAUGAGGAUGUCAAGAUGGCACAUUCAAGGGUCAAGGACAAUUGGUAUGAUACUGAAGACUCAUCAGAGAAUAUUAGUGUCAAGUCUGAAAAAGUACCAGCAAAAUCUUUAGCUGAUUGUGCAAAUGUGCUGCUUGUGCCUGCCAAAACUCAUCGAUCAUCACAACCAUCCAUACCACAAGUUAAGACAAAUGUGGUUAUAAAUGAGAAAGCUUGUAUGAAAUCUUCUUUACGACAAGAUCAUGUAAAAACUACUAAAAGUUCAUCUUUAAGUCAUGUAAGCUAUGCAGACAAGGUAAAACCUAUAUCCGGUGAACAAUAUAACACAACACAAGAUAGAAGUCCUGUUGCUUUUAAUCUACAUGAAGAUUCUUCUCUUUCUUAUGACACAGCAGAUAAACCAGAAGAACCGACAGCUUCAGGAAAAAACAAAGUCAUUGAUUGGUGGAAAAUUGGUGUAGACGAGGACAAUGAUACAGAUAAAGAUCUUGAUAAUUUUGAGGAUGAUGAAGAUUGGGAAUCUUAUAGUGGUAGCACAGAGGACAUAUCUCAGAACCAAACUUCAGAGUCAGUCAGUUCUGAAGUACCAGAGAAAACAGCAUCAAAUAGUAACAAAGUGACAAUUGUAAGGGAUUAUCAAACAGCAGAAAAACCUAAGCCAACUUGGACACCAGGAGCAUGGAUAUGUACAAUGUGUGGCGAUACAUCACAUUUGAUUUAUGACUGUCCUAACAGACAUAAAAAAGGAUUAUUUUACUAAAAAAAAAAAGCCAAUAUAACUCUGAAAAAAAUGCAUCAAAAAUUAUCCAUUUCUGAAACUUUUAAGGACUAUGGGUUAUAUCGUUAUUCAUACACCAAAGUGAAAGUAUUACACCAUUGUUUGAAUAUCUAUUGUGUGGAA